AAUGAAUAAACUAAACGGAGUAUUUUCUGUAAUAAAGCCUACUGGAAUUACUAGUGCACAAGUUUGUAAGAGAAUAAAGAAUGUUCUCAACGAAACGUACGCAAAAUUAAUUGAUAUGGAUUUUUUAGAUCCGAAGGUUGGACACGGCGGAACAUUAGAUUAUCAAGCUUCAGGCGUUUUGGCAGUAGGCGUAGGAGAUGGAUGUAAACAAUUAUCAGCUUUAUUACAUGGAACAAAGAUUUAUAAAUGUACAAUAGAAUUUGGAGUUGAAACUGAUACUUUACAUGCAGAUGGUCGUGUCGUCAGAGUUUUGAAUAAUAAAAACGUCAAUAAAGAAGAAUUAAAAUUGUCUAUAGAGAAUAAACUCGGAUAUACCGAACAGAUACCACCGUUAUAUUCGGCUAUAAAAUUCAAGGGUAAAAGAUUAUCCGAUUUAGUUAUGGAAGGACAACCUCUUCCAGUUAUUAAGCCUCGUAAAGUUUUAUUAAAAUCAGCGGAAUGUUUAGAGUUUAAACCACCCCUGGUUACACUAAUUUUGGAAUGUGGAGGUGGUUUUUACGUAAGAAGUCUUGCUCGAGAUUUGGCAAAUGAUUUAAAUACUUGUGGUCAUGUUAAAACGCUUGAGAGAAUAAUGCACGGACCUUUUACUGUUGGCGAAUCACUUCAAGAAUCGGAAUGGACUUUCGAAAACAUUCAGAGAGCAAUAAGUUAA